AUGGCGGACCCAUUAGCCAUCGCGGGCCUGGUCAUUGCCCUCGUCCAAGGGGGGUUCCAGCUCUAUGCAGGCAUCUCGGAUUACCUCGACGCCGUGGAAGCUAGGUCCGAGGAGCUUGACUUUGCCCGAAGGCAGACGUUGGAAAUGCGGAGAUCGCUAGAGAUAAUCGAACAGCUCGCGCCCAAGCUCGCGCCGAAACAUGCAGCAUCAUCAUCGUCACUCGAAUCAUUUCUACGAUCCUGCGAGCUCGAUAUCAAAACAUUAAAUGACAUGCUACUGGAAUUUACUGCGACUGGACCGUCUGGUGAGGGCUUGAGACACCGAUUGCAUCGAGCACAGGUGCGAGCGAAGAAAUUGACCUUUCCUUUCAAUCGCUCCAAGAUCGAUCGGUUAGAGAAACGAUUGGCACUAGCCAACGGGAACCUUCUUACUGCCCUGAAUACUGCGAAUCUUGAAGUCUCUCUUGGUAUACAAGACCACGUAUCCGAUGUGUACCACCUCUUAACAGCCAUGGUUGGUGCAAACACGAUUGAGGCACGAGUCAUGAGCUCCACUCCAGCCUCAUCACACCAAAGCCGUGCCAUAAUCAGCUCAGAUUCAUUUGAUCACAACAAUGCAUUGCGCCAGCUUGUUUCAAAGCCAGGGUAUUUGAGAUCCGCAAUAGAUGAAUUGCAGUCAUACAGCCAGCAGCCAGUACACACCUCAUGGCCAUUGUCAGAUUCAAUAUGCUUUUGUCAGCCCCGCCGAACACUUACUAGGCAGCGCCAGGUUUGGUCUUCCGUUGCUUUGUCCUCUGAAAAGCUAUCCUCUACGAUCCACAAUCCGGAUUGCCAGUUUGCCGGUGCCACAAACACUCUACAGACUUUUGGAAUGACUCUCGAGUAUACUGGUCUGAGAACAUUGUUUCAGAAAGCCAUUCAACUGUCGUUACACAUGACCUUUGGCGCUGGUGGCUUGAGCAUCAAUCCAGGGAUAAGUUACGUUCCCUUGGUCGAUCACAGAUCUGCCCCUGCUUUUCGUCUGGUUCAGCUACUUCCCAGAGUUAGGUCCGACAUACCCAACAGUAUUGAUAUGAUUCGCAUACAGAAGACCAACAACAAUUCUAUGAGCAAAGGCAUCAAGACACUGACCUUAUUAGGUGUAAAGAAGUUGAUUGCGAGCAAAGUGCCAACCAUGGCCCACGACAACAAAGGACAAUCCUCCGCCAUGAUGUUUCUUCGAGAGCUCUGGUAUGGUGAUUUAGGACCUAUGCUCGCCACCUCGCUCAUCUCUGCAGAGCCUGAUGAAACACUAUUCUCAGCGCUUGCAACAAAUCGGCACGUGUCAUACUUUACAAAUCCAGCAUUCUUUCCCCGAUGGCCUGCUCUAGCAGAAGCUGCCGCUUAUGGCCAGUUAUGCUCCGCCGUUGCCAGCGGCAAUCAAGCUGCUGUUUCCGCAAUACUGGCGACUACGCCUUCAGCGCUCCGAGAAAGCAAUAUUUUCGGCCAAAGUCCGCUUCAUCUCGCUAUUCAUCAUCCAUCCUGCCUCAAAGUUCUGAUAAAAGCGAAUGGGGUCGAUGAAUCACUUUUGAAUAUCCUCGAUGCAGACUCAAGAUCACCGCUAGAUCGUGCCAUGAUCAACUCUAUAACCGGAUUCCAUGAAUCUACGAAGAUCCUUCUCGAGGCAGACUGUGCAGUAUGGCAAAACGAUUUGCAUUUUUUUGAAGCAACAGAUGAUAAUUGGAAGCCGAUCAUCGAGGCAAUGUUGAAUCGGCGCGAAAGGCUAAAACACCUGGCCAUGAAGGUAUUCAGCAAGGAGGAGAUUGAGGCGUGUGGACUGGAGGAAAAUGCCGUUUUGGAUGGGAAUGCUGCUACUGUCUACCAAUUGCUCCUUGAUAAAGGCAUAGCAGUUCCUCAAGCCUUGAUCCCAGUGCGCCCGGGCUUCAAAGCGCGCAGCUAUUCCAUGUACCACCUUAUUCAUCAUGAUGAGGGACAACUGGAAGACCUUUGGACUCUCGGUUUUCGGGACAUCAACAUGCUCAACAACGAAAGCAUACCUCCAUUAAUGGAUUGGCGAUAUGAUCCUAGUGAUGCAGACUAUAUGCCACGAUAUGAAUGGUUCAUCAAUCAUGGUGCAAACGUAGAGGAACCAGUGAGAAGGCAAGGCAGACUAGACGUCGAAACACAGUCCAUCACGGUUGGUCACAAUUUAUUUCGGCUUGUAGGGACAAUUUUUUUGAGUGAAAUGAUCAGUGUAGCUCACUGGCGAGGUGAUGGAGAGAUCCUUAGGAACAUGAAGAAGGACUUAGAAUCAGGACGGGCUGUGAUCGAAAAGCUGCUUAGGUCAACGCUUGACGAUGCUUGUGGCUGCAAAUGCUCCAGGGCAGGUUGCACACCUUUUGUCUGGUUCUUGAAAUACCUACCUGUACUUGGAGAAGUAUGGGAAAGUGAUCCCUGGACAAAUCGUUUGUGGCCAACGGAAAGUCAACCACAACGCCUUGCAGAUGCAAUGCUACUGUUCACCGAAACCUUUGGCUCGAUUAUGUCGCAAUGCCAUCUCUCAGAGGCCUUGAGAUGUUUGACACACACAGCCUUGAAAGUCAAGCAUACUUGUUGCGAGGCGGAAGUCAUGAGAUCUCCAUUCAUGGUAUCGCCCCUUGAUCCUGACAAUCGCCAGCACAUGAGCACUGCAGAGAAAGAGGAAUUAGAAUCUGAGCAGGCAUCAUUGAUUGAUUUGCUGGAUAGCCUAGUGGCCGAAUUCGAAUUGAAAUCCCAAGAAGAACGAGACGGCACACCUCUGUGGCGUGCAAAUCCAGCCGAGUUCUGGAUUCAGGUUUGGGCGGCAAAGAUGGAUAGCGUCCUUACAGACCUCGAUGGCGCUGAUCUGACUCGGGAAGAGAUACGAGCAGCAGAGGAUGUAGGAGUAAACUGGCAAUCGCCAAGGCCGGAAAGGCCCGCCCGCGAAAGGCUACCACGUCGGUUCUACCUUUCGUUUGAGGAGUUCAAGGAUGAAGUAGACCAAAUUAUGGCAGGCGAAUGUUCGUGA